GCACAUUAAUUGCUACCACGUACUUCACUAGCUAGCUACCAUAGCAACAUUAUUUUAGAAAGAAACAAAAAUCAUUCACUAAUUUCACCAACAAUGGCGAGUAUUCGUGUUGUUGCUCUCUGCCUAGUUAGCUUUGGAUUCCUUGUUUGUGUGAUUGAAGGAAUUCCAAUUACUAUCACAAACAAUUGUCCAUACACUGUAUGGCCAGGAUCCCAAGCUAACCAAUAUAGUCCACAGCUACCAAAAACUGGUUUUGAAUUGUUGUCUCAAAAAUCCGAGUCAGUCGACGUCCCGGCCAAAUGGUCCGGAAAGUUUUGGGCCAGGACAGGAUGUUCGAACAAUAACGGAGUGUUCUCCUGCGCCACUGCAGACUGUGGCAACCACGUUGAAUGCAAUGGCGCUGGAGAAGCCACACCAGCAUCUUUGAUGGAAUUUACAGUAGACACCAACGGUGAUCACGAUACUUACGAUGUUAGCAAUGUUGAUGGAUUCAACAUUCCUUCUUCAAUUACACCACAAGGUGGCACCGGAACUUGUAAAGUUGCAAGUUGUCCGGCCAACAUUAAUGCUGCUUGUCCGAACGACUUGCAAUUUAAAAGUUCUGAUGGAAGUGUUGUCGGUUGUAAGAGCGCUUGUGUGGCUUUUGGUAAGCCGGAGUAUUGUUGCUCCGGGCCUCAACAUAACACAUCACAAACUUGCCCUCCAUCAAAUUACUCCCAAUUUUUCAGCAAUCAAUGCCCUAAUGCUUAUAGCUAUGCUUAUGAUGACAAUAAGGGCACUUUCACUUGUUCAAAGCCUACUGCUUAUGCUAUCAAAUUAUGUCCAUAAAUUUGUAAUUUGCUUAAUUAAUUCCUAAAUAAGAGGGACACUAUGUAUUAUUAAUAGUAUGGUUAUGCCUUAUUUUUUUCAUCACUUGGUGAAAAAUAAGUGCAUAUAUUAUAUAGAUAUACCAUUCUAGCGUGUAUGUUGGUGAAUAAAACACAAUCACACUUGUUGAUUGUAAUGGUGAUUUGUCUCAUCCAAUAAAGUUUAAUUCUUUUCUUUUC